UAACUGCGUUGUAAUUCCUCUUUAACGACUAAAGCACUCGAGUCGCAGAGCCUUAAAAUCUUAGGAUUAAGGUUGCCACAGCGUUUGUUUGGCAGCGUUUAGGGACGGAUGUAUUUAUACUUGACUUUUUUUCGGAUCUGCAAUUUGUAUCAAAAUUUUGUUUGUUUUUUUACUGACACCUUUUAAGUGUUACGUCACCACAUUUAUUACAGACAACAAAACCCAAAGUAAUGAUAAUAAUUAUUAUUAUUAUCAUUUAGAUUUUUAAGCUACAAAUGAAAAAAAUAAAUAAAAAAAAUUCAAAGAACGUUCCAAUAGCACUAUGCGGAAGUAGGGUAAUGCCUCAGUGCAUGCAAACUCAGCAAAGACAAUAUACACGCAUAGAGCCUGUACAAGAGGCUCCCCUUCUCCCGCCACUGGUUCUCUCCAUACCAGCAGAGUAUAGAAACCCAGUCAACAGGGGAUCAGCAGAGCUUCUAGGGCCCUUUAAACCCUCAUUUAUCUCGCCUGUGUUUUGUCCCCGUGUCAGGCGUGUAUACAGGCCCAGUUACCCUCAUUAAAUAAAAUCGGUAUCAACUGUUUUGAUAUGUUAUUGAUUGAAAGAAAGCGUUCGAUAAGAUAUGACCAGAAGAAAAAGGCAUAGUUAGGGGGUCAGGCAAUACAGGCGAUCGACCACGGUGUUCGAUACCCGUGGGGAGAGACUGAGGAGAUCAAUAGAUGGAAAUUAAAAUUGUAGGGUUAGAAACGUAGAUAAGCUCUCUAAAAAUGGGUUAUUUUGAAAAAUGGAUUUUCAAAAUAGAGUUUUGUUUAUUUAUGUAAGAGAUUUUCUAGGUCAGAUAAUGGCAAGGGGGAAUCCGUAUAAAACCAAUAUGAAGCUGUCAAUAAGACGUCAUAAUAGAGGUCUCUCUAAUUUGUUAUCGGUACAAGUGCAAUUUUGCACUUUUUCACUCUGUGCAUAAAACCUCCGAAAAGAGAAAAGUGCGUUUUUAAAGGAGAAACAGUUGGAAUCGAACUUCUACACCUUGAUAUCAGGGCCUCAUUUAAAUACUUACAAAAUAUAACGCUUUGGUGCUUUUCAACAUUGUUGUAACACGUUAAUAGUGCACCCUGUGGUCAGAGAGUAUGUCAGAAACAUCGUGUUUGCUGUUCUCCUCUGUCCUGCUGAAGUUUUCCUUCGUCUCUCCCUCAAAGCACGGCGCCCACUGUUAACUCUCGUGGCCGGCUUAACUAUCCUCUUAACUCUGUAAGUCGCUCUCCGUGCGUUUCUGUGGAUAUAGGUUGGAUACAGUAUUAUCUUAAGUACUGCGGGCUCAUAAUUUACACCGAUCACUUCCAGCGUUUGGAUAUGCCAAACUCUUUUGACUUGGACGAGCAUUUCCUACAUGGUGUGUUAAAAAGAAGGACAAUGACAUACAUCACAAGUUUGGCGGUUUAAAAGUUGAACAUGUGCCUCUAGAUCUCCAAGUUUUGGGAGAGGGUUUGUGCGAGUGAAGAAGAGGGGAGGAGAGUGCUUUGUUGGGACGACAGAAUAGUUUUUGGAUAAAAUAUACGACAAAGGCAAAUAAAAACAGUGACCCACAGCGCAGUAUAAUUCUACAGACAAGUUGUGUUUGUGCCAUUGAAAUGGAUUGAAGAAGCGCAUUUUAAAAAGAGGCGAUUCACCGCUUGUUCCUUAACGAUGUCGUAAAAUAAUUUGGAAUACAGUCGGGAGUGACGCUGUGGUCGGGGGUGGGACUAUUCAGAUCGAGACUAUAGGAAAAUACAACAUAGUGGGCUGACAGUGUCACCAGACCCUGUCUCUCUGUUGUGGUCAUCGAAUCACUUGCUGUUAUGACAAACUGCUGGGGAAGAUGAACUACAUUAAUUUUAUUCUUUUAUAACCAAAUAACCAAUCAAGAUAUGAACAUAGUGGGGGUCAAUGUCUAACCUAGAUCCAGGCAUAAAAUGGACGCUGGAAAAAUAGAAUUGAUACCAAACACUCCACGUAAAGCCCCUGAACAAGCCUAGUUCGCCUGCCUCGGGUUGAUGCCAUUGACGCCCUACCAUGACCAAAGACAUGUCGUAUUUACUGAACAAAAGCACACAAGAGCUCUAUGGUAAGAAAUACCAUGAAAUGCUCAAACGUUUUCAAUCGAAAGGGAAGAAAGAAAGAGGGAGUAUCAAGCCCACCUUAUCAAGGACGUCAGUCAUGACGUCAGGGACACAAGACUCUGGGAUUAUUCAUGACGUCACGCAUCACGCGGAAAACCAUGAUGCAAGCGUGAGCUCACGACGUAAAAACUCCGUUGCGAGCCGCGAUACUCCGCCACGGGUGGUGGUCUCGGAGGACCAAGCAGACGGGGGUGAGGAACCCUCUCAAAUACAGCGUCCACAAACUAAAGGUUCUUUGGGUUUAGGAUUGUUGAGUGAAGGGUUUGCUUCCAAAGAGAGAAGCAAGGGCAGGAAGAGCGCCACCGACCAGAGCCGUAGCCACAGCGAGCCGUCGUUUCUACCGCCUAUAACCCCUGGGCAGUCGGGACUCAUGACGCCUCGAAGUCGUUACGCUCAAAGUUUAAGUCCGCUCUCCAGGCGCGAGGAUAUUACCCCCCUCCCCAGCCCCAGCAUCUCCCCAAGACUUUCUACCCUCCCUCAACAGAAUACUAGUCAACAAGAUCACGAAAGCAGCGACAAGAAAACAACGUCUACUAUUGGGGAGAAUUCUUCGCCGCCGAAUAUUAAACAGGAGAUGCUUCACGGUCUCGGCAACUCUCACGAGACCACGACUAGUCAGGAAUCAAACCCGGACGCGCAGCAUUCGAAGCGAAAGAGGAGAAAAUUGAAAUUUGAACGGGAACCUACGAUUAUAACAAAACAUGAGGAAUACCAAAAACAUACGCGGGAGCUUACGAAACAGUUGCAUUUAAAAAGCAAACCCAUGGAUUUACGAAAGCGCCCUCCUAAAGCAGAGGACGUAGCUCAGUUCGCAGAAACUAGUAAGGACGAAGAACAGUUUUCAAUUAGGAAGAAAAUUGAGCAAUUCAGAAAAUGGCAUGAGGACCAAUAUAAAGAAAAACUGGAGAAACUGAGACUUGACUCUGAAAAAGCGGAGUACAGCCGCACUCCGCAGGUACCGGUGUUAAACGGAACCGUUCAGGACGUUUUGAAAAAAUACCACAACAUAGACGCAGAUCCGCUCGAAGUAGAUUCGUUAAAAAUGGCGGUAGUAUCUGUGGAUCGACGCGGAACGGACUCUCUUAAAAUGCCUGUUCCAGCACCGGUUUCUAUAAAAGGGGCUGCCAUAACAACAAGAAAACCUCCCCUAGAUGAGGUUAAAUCGUCUCCCCAGCCGGUGGAACGACAGAAAACGAGAAUUCAAAGGAAAGCACGGGACUUACAGAUUUCUGAAAAGGGAUCUCGAAAAUCAAGGAGACUUCGUAGAAUGGAUGCUCAACACAGCGAGGAUGACGUCACAAUUCAAACAGAGACUCCAGUGACGUCACCACUAGCUGACGACGUCAUACAAAGGUUAAAUGAAAGUGGCCAACAUAAAGUGACUAGUAAUCAAAGUAACGCGAAUAUGGGCAGUCCAUCACCAAAAGAAAUGACACUUGCGCAGACAGAACAACACACGUCACAUCAAGUAAAUGAGCAAAACACGUCCCAACCAGCAACGAACGAAAUGAAUCCACCCCCAGAGCGUGAUCAGAAAUCAGCCGGCACAUGGAGAACGUGGCGUGAUGUCAAUGAAUCUGACGCCUAUAAUGACGUCAAAAAGUACAUUAUUGACAACGAUCUGAUGAACGCUGAAAAGGAGCAAUGGAUAUCGUCAUGGGUUAACAGCGUAGAUGUAGCCAGAGAGGUUGCCACGCCAAUGACUGAAGAAAGAAUUGUUGCUGAACAGUUGGCAAAAUUGCAAAAGUAAUUUUGAAGUUAUUUGGAUGAAAUAGUUUUCCUUUUUUUUUAGAAGAAGGGUCAGAACGUCAAAACCUAGAUCCACUCUCUGUGGGAACGGUCUAAUUUUUUGCUAUUUUAAUUUUGUCACUCAGAUUUCGCAGAAUGCUGUUUUUUAGAACAUUCUUUUAUGUCAGUGAGUCUUUUUCCUAUAUGAUCAACUGAGUCAACUGAGAUUUUGUAAAAGUAAUGAAAUGAUUUCCGUAAGAUCGUAGGCCUAUUGCAGAUAUCAGUCCACCAAACUCAACGUUUUGUGGAAACCACAAAGGAUACAUCUUUCGAUUUUACACUUUUCGAGAUAUCUGUGAUGGGAGUUUAAGACUACCUCAAUUUUGUAGUUCUGUAUAUCUGUAUAUCUGUAUUGUUUAUCAUCGAUCUCUUUUCAACAUUCCACUUCAGACAUGUUGUAUCCAAACUGACACCUCGAGAUUUGACGUUAAUUCUCGAGAAUUUUAGGGAACAUACCAAGGUUUUUUUCAUCAGAAUGGCGUGUGACUCUAGAAGGAUCAUUUAUUGCUAUAAAUAUAUUUAAGUGCCAUAUAUGACAUCGAGAUGAAGAUGAAAUUCAGGACGGAAGUGAAGGGUAUACUGAGAUGUUUUGUAUGUUUUUGACGGAAGCAAUAAUACAA